AUGCAAGGCGAACUGCCAAAGAAUCUCAGCAGCCUCUGCGACUUGUUUGCGCUGAGGUUGUCCUUCAACUACUUCACCAGAGAUAUUUAUAAAAUACUAGCCAAUCCUUCCAGCUGCUUUCAAGAUAAAUUGAGAUUCUUUGAUCUGGGCUGGAACAAUUUCAGUGGUAAACUGAGGAGCAUCUCAGCGCUAAUUCUGUCCAAUAGCAGCAUAUCAGAUAUCAUCCCUAACUGGUUUUACAACAGUUCUUCAAACAUUGAAGGUCUGGAUUUGUCGAAAAAUGAGUUGAUUGGACAAAUUCAAGAAAGAUUUGAUGAUAUGAUGCCAAAAUUACUCAACGGGACUCUUACAGGAAAGUGCUUAAGUGGCGGCAUUCCUGUUUCUCUGUGCAAGAUGAAAGACUUGUUUGUGCUCGACCUCUCAAACAACCAGCUAUCGGGAACACUCCCCGACUGGUGGAAGAGCUUACGACAGCUAGGUGGACUAAACUUGGGAAAGAACAAUCUCAGUGGCAAGAUUCCAACAUCCAUGCGCUCCCCACUGCUCACGUUUCUGGGACUACACGAUAAUGAUUUCCACGGGAUUCUUUCAAGAUGUUUGAGCAAUAUGACUUCCUUGUUUGGAGUUGAGAUGCACAAGAAGAGCAUAACCCAAUCAUACACCACCACACUUCAAUAUCUGUUCACUGUUGACCUUUCAAACAAUAGGUUAAAUGGACAUAUUGUCCAAGGGUUGAUGCAGCUCUACAACCUUCAAAAUCUGAACUUAUCGGAUAAUAACUUCGAAGGGAGAAUCCCUUCAGAAAUUGCUAAUCUGAUUCCUUCAGGUGCCCAGCUAUGUACGUUAAAAGAGACUCAUAUCUUGGGAAUGAUGGACUCUGUGGGCCUCCGCUUUCAAAGAAUCGCCCGGGAGAUCAUGAGCAGUCUGAUAUUCAUAAACAGAUUGGUGAUGAGUCAGAUGGCAGAGAUGAAUCCUAUACUCGUUGGUUAUAUGCGGCCAUUGCUCCGGGUGACACUGGCAAGUUCCAACAAUGAAGCUGGCACAACCAUAGUCAUUGUAAAGGUACCUUUAGCUACAGUUUCUUCUUUUAUGGUUAUACAGCUUUGA